AUGGUUAUAUCUUGGUUGUUGAACUCCCUCUCAAAGGACAUAGCAGACACUAUGCUCUACUCCAAGACUGCAAAGGACAUCUGGACAGAAUUGGAGGCCAGGUUUGGCCAAUGCAAUGGAGCUCAGUUGUAUCAAUUGCAGAAAGAACUAUCAGAACUUGUUCAAGGUAACUCUGAUGUUGCAGGUUAUUAUACUAAGCUUAAGAAGAUAUGGGAUGAACAAGAUACUCUUAAUACCCGUGUUGUUUGUUCUUGUGAUUGUUCUUGUGGAGGCAAGGAGAAGACUCUUAAGUCUCUUCAGGAUGGUAGAUUGAUUCAGUUUCUGAUGGGUCUCAAUGACACCUAUGGUGGUGUAAAGAGCAGCAUACUUAUGAUGUCUCCACUUCCUAAUGUGAACCAAGCUUACUCUCUGCUCAUUCAAGAUGAGAAACAGAGAGAAAUUCAUGUUGGUGUUCAUCCUGCUGAAUCAGCUUUUCUGAAACCAGGGCAUACACUGGAUAAGUGUUAUAGGAUUGUUGGAUUUCCCCCGGAUUUUAAGUUCACUAAGCCUAGAAAGUUCCAAGGGAAUGCUCACAGCAAUGCAACAAUUUCAGAAGACUUUUCUAUUAAUACAACCAAUGGAGCAGAAGGCACUUCUUCAGGAAAGGGACUGACACAGGAGCAACACAGUCAGUUGUUUCAGCUGCUUCAACAAGUGAAAAUUAGUCCACAGAGUGAGCAAAAUUCUGAAGCUAUUGUUAAUGCUAACUGUGCAGGCAUAGAUUUGCCUAACCUAAAACACAUCAUUUGUUUCUCACAUGUUUAUCCUAACACAUGGAUUAUAGACUCAGGUGCUUCAGAGCAUAUGACCUCUGAUAUUUCUAUUUUAUUCAACAUCAUAUCUUUGUCUAUACCUCUUUACAUCAACUUGCCUAAUUCACAUAAAAUUAAAGUCGGUAAAAAAGGGAGUGUGCAUAUUCUGCCAGGUUUAACCAUUCAUAAUGUAUUGUAUGUCCCUGUUUUCAAGUUUAAUCUACUUUCAGUUCAUAAGCUCACCAAGCAUCUUAGAUGUAACUUGUUGUUCACCUAUAUUGGAACUAUCUUGCAGGGCCCUUCAAUGAAGAGGCCAGUGGUAGUUGGUGAAGUCAUGGAAGGUCUCUACAUCCUCAAUCCAAAGUUCAUCUCCACUAGUUUGCAGUUUCAGCAUCAGUCUAGUUUUCAGCCUACUAUUCAGUCUAUUUCAGUUUGUAAUAAUCCUAGUAAAACCAAUGUUUCAGAUUUUGUUUCCUGUUUAGUCAAUUUAUCCAAAGAUGUAAGCCUAUGGCACAAACGAUUAGGGCAUAUGCCACUUUCUAGUAUGGGAAAUCUAUCUAUGUUUCAGCAUCAAUCUCUAUCCAAAUUAAAUUCUCCGUGUGAUGUUUGUUCAAAGGCAAGGCAAUCUAAGCUUCCUUUUCAUCCUAGCAGUAUUUCUUCUACUUCUAUAUUUGAGCUUAUUCAUAUUGACACCUGGGCCCCCUACAAAGCCCAAACUCAUGAUGGUUUCAAGUAUUUUUUCACUAUUGUUGAUGAUUUUAGCAGAGGAACAUGGACAUACCUCUUGAAAACUAAGAGUAAUGCUUUUUCAGUCCUAAAAUCUUUUUUUGCCAUGGUGGAAAGGCAACUUAAUACUCAGGUAAAGAUUGUAAGAUCUGAUAAUGCUAUGGAGUUAGUUGAUCCAGACACUCUUUCCUCUGAAUUUAUCACUUCAUCUCCUGAAUCAGUGUCUUCAGCUCCUCAGUCACCAUCUCCUGUUCUUUCUCAUGGCUUGGAUUCCAAUCAAUCUAGUUCUUCUCCUUCUCCUGCCAGAUCUGAACCUCCUUCUCCUAUCAGAUCUUCUCCUCCCCUUUCAAGAUAUGUACCUCCUGCUCCUCAACUAGUAUUAAACCUAAUGUUCUUCCCUUUUCAGCCCUUUCUUCAACCAAUCAAAGUUUACUAA